AAACCGUUGGAAAAAGUUUGCUCGUUGAAAGCUGUUCGACAUUAUUUUAGCGCGCGCGUGUUCUCUUUACUGUUUUUUUUCUCCAUUGAUGAAAAUCAGUGGUCAUUAAUUUUCCGUUUUUUGGUUGUGACAUUGUUGUUACCCUGGACGCUAGGAACGUGAGGGUGUUCGAUAAACUUGAACAGUUGUGCGAGAAAAACUCGAGUGAGAACGUACCGUGGAAUUGAAAUAAAAUCUUUGAAACGAUAGUGUGUGGUGUCAUUUUGUUUGCCCGAUAAAACCAAAUUAAAGAGAGAAGAAAGUGUAACGUUGAUAAAAUUGCGAAAAGACAACAGCCAAAAUUGAUGUCUGCUGAGCAAAAAGUAUGAUGAAAGAAUAAAUUUGUUCAAUGUUGUGAAUUUAUGUAUCGUGUAUGGGGUGAAUAUUUCGAGCUGCAGAAGUGAUCGGAAAAGACGAAAAAGUGUUCUAUCUAUAGUUAAGCUCCAGCUUGGGAGUUUCCCUCGGCUGCGGUUGGAUAACGCCGAUAGAAGAACAAGGCUAAAGUGGAAACGACAGAAAAUAGGCGAUCUGGGACAAUCUGCAAAACGAUCGCCAUCUCGAGUGUCGAAAGCGGUUUUUUGCGGUGUUCUCUGCACAGGUUGAACUAACUUGACCUGCGCCUGACCGUUGAACCGUUUCUGCUGAAUCGUUCGUUCCAUAUACGGUCAACUGGAGGACGUCCUCGUUGUUAAGCAGCGUAAUAAUUGCACCUAGCAGCAGCAGCUGCUGCUGUUGCUUAUUUCUACAUCUCAAUACUAUUGCCACUAGAGCUGAUGCCGGGUCACGUUGAGCUUCGGCGAAAAGUUAACAAUAAGAGCUUACACUGCAUCACACAGUUAGCUAAGAUGUAACCUAACCCGGUCUGUGAUCUGUGACUACUGCGCGCAAGUACGCAAAACAAAAAAAACCUGACCACCACCCCAAUAAGGCGGAACAGAAGUAGCCGAAAUGGACACCAUACAGGAAGUGAUUGUAACGAAACCGGCUGACGAUGAGCUGCAGGUGCCGGUGGAGGGAACAGACGCUGCAGCAGCACAGCUGCACGAGACGACAAGGUCCUCGCAGGAUUCUUCUUUCAAUGUACCGGACUACCACUGUUCCUCUCUGGUCGAGGAUGGAGCAGCGGAGAAGCAGGAAAUUAAAGUGACUGAUAUUAUCGAGCUUAUCGGCGACGGAGGCGAUGGCGAGACGCAAGCUAUGGCGGACGUCGAUGCCAUCAAGGUGCUAAAUGGUGGCGACGGUAGCGACAGUGGAGUGGAGUUUGGAGGAGUUACGGGUUCGCUGAACGAGACCGGUAUUCUGCAGAGAGCACUGAGCAAUAAUAGUGCCGGUUAUGCUAGCAGCUGCUGUGGCUUGGAGGAAGGCAACGGUGUCAGUGUGUCAUGUAAUUCUAGUGUGAUAAGCUACAGCUCAGAUUUGUAUGAUAAGACCGGCAGUACAAUUCUUUUGGGCAGCAGCCGGUUGAGUAAUGAUUACUGUGCCAGUGAAGGUGGCAGCGAAAGUUCCUCAGUCACAGGAGGACCGGUGAGUUCCCCUAGGAAACCUGGCUGUACAACUAAGAAAAAAGUUGCCAUGAAGGAACCUUUAACAAGUCGAUCUCCACGCAAGUCAUCCGAAAGUGGCUCGUCUUCAAUCAGAAGCAGUUCGCGAUCCAGAACUUCUUCGUUGGGACGAUCAGUUUCUUUGAAUCUAAAGACACCUCCAAGCUCGGCGCUGAAUGUCAGAGAAAGAGCUAGGUCGCGUGAGAAACUUAAUGCUUCCAGUCUUAGUGGCAGUAAGACUGCCUCUAUAACACCGAAACUAUCGGCUCAAACCAAGCGACCAACGAAGCCAGAUUCUCUACCAACAGGGAUGAAGGAGGGAUCCCCAGUAAUUCAAAGAGGCAAUCUAUCAAGGACACCAUCGGUUACUAGGGGCCGAACUCCAAUUGGAACUCCUACAGACGAUGGACGCUGGCCGUCGGUUGGGGGUAAAGGUAAUGCUGCACCGAGAUCUAACACUCGUGCCGGAUCGGUUGCUCCGGAAGGAUUAUCCAUUAAAACUCGUGUAGGCAUCCUUGCUCUAGAAGGUAAAUCAAGUAGUCCAUUAGAUAAGUUUGGAACACUUCCUCGUCGGCGCAGGGAAAGAUCUGCUGAAGACAUAAAAGCUGGCAGCCCUCGCAGCGGUUCUAUGACUCGGGAACAGAAUCGUAUGACGACGUCACUUAUCAAAAAACUUCCCUCGACAACCAGACCGGAUCAGGCGAAAACUAUGCCCAAUUAUCCCAGACUUGCCAGUGUAACCAGAAAGCUAGUCCAGAAAACGAAAAUCUACCACGAAACCAGUGUACAAACGGCGAUCACCUGCAAAGAUGUAGAGGACGCCUUCAAUGGAAAAGCGAAAGACAUUCGAGUCGAUGCUGUUGAGAAAUGUCAAAAAUCUACUCAAUCGGACAUUCGUGAUAAGGAGAUGGAAAAGUUGGAGGAAAGGGUGAAAAAGCUAACCGCAGAAUACUCGGCACUGAUGACCAAGCACUCGGAGAAGAGUCAAAUGGUAACUGCAUUGGAGCAAAAAUUGUUGAAAGAACGCGAAGAGAAGCUGGCAGCCCAGAAGGAGUUGCAAAACAACAGCGAACGUGUUCUUGGAAUGCUGGGCUCGGUGCAGGGUAUUCCGAAUGUAGACCAAACAAGCGGUGAGUGCGACAGUUUACUAAUACUGGAAUCGCAACUGCAAAUGUCCGGCUGUGUACUGGAGAAAAAACAGGAAGAAAUCAUUCGGCUGCAGAACAUUUGCCGAACGCUGCAGAUUGAUAUGGAACGAUCGCUGAAAAACCAGGAGGAACUAUUGAGACAGAAGACUGAGGUGGAGGAGGAAUCUAACGAGAUGCAGGAUUUCCUCCAGGCGGAGAAGGCAUCCUGCGUGGAUGCACUGAAGGAAGCUGAGCUGGAAGUAUUUCAACUGCGGCAAUCAUUAGCUCAACGGGAAAGCGAAAUCGAACGGCAGCAGGAGGAGUGCCGCCAUUUGGUUCGGAUUGGCGAACAGAGACGGCAAGAGUUCCUCGGAAUGCAAGCUAAGUAUAACGCGUUGGAAAGCCGAUCCAAAGAUAUACUGCUGCAGCAGGGGGCCGCUGUUUCCGGUGCAUCGGUGGCACUGUCUGGUCUCGGUUCGCGUUUGGAUCAUUUAGUCGAGCAGUUGAUUGCCUCCUACAAUAUCUCCGAGCAAGAUCUGGAGGACGUAAUUUAUCACAAUGAGGCUUACACCAACAGUAGCAGUGGCGACGGCAGCCCACAGUCCGAACAGCCUGCCGUUAGAGACAACGAUCAGCAGCAGCAACGACAGGAUGCUUCUUCCAAGCCAAUAGCUUCCAAAAAAGACGUUCCACCGCUUUCACCCCAGCGAGGUCAGUCAUUUAUUACGGCUGUGAUCAGCGCUAUCAAAAAUGCCACCAGCAAGACAGCCGUCCUGAAAUCGAGUGCUUCCGCUGGAGCUUCCAAAGAAAGAAAAGAGCCAUGCGGUCAUGAAUCUGACUCAACGGAAAUGCUGGAUUCAGAAACCGAACCUUGCUUGAUGAUGGAUAAUGUACUGGAAGACGUGGCCAUGCCCGAUUCGCAUUCACACAACAUGGUUUCCUCAUCGACACGUAUUUCACAGAUCGAGAUGCCUUCCUCGCUGGAAAGCGGUGCCAAUGGGGUGAUGAUGUCCCACGACGAAUCGCUGGAUAAUUUAUCACAAGCCAUCACCAAUAGGCAGCAGAUCGAGCUGCAAUCAAGCAUUAUAGCGAGUGGCCGAUCGCCUCGGUACCGUCAGUCCUGUACGGGUGGUGGAGCUUCAGAGCAGCAGCGGGCUUCCACAGGGGCCGAUCACACGACCGCUAGCCAUUCGUCCUCGUUGGAGGAUGACGAUAAUAGUUGUUGCGCGGAAGCUUCCGUCGCCGAAAUGCCAUCCAUUUGUGAAUACUGCAAUGCCCAAUCGCUGGUCGAUCAGGUCAUCGAUGUGGACAAUCUGAUCACCAAAUUGCUGAAGGUGUUGCGAAUCGUACAGAUGGAUAACGAUCACUGUAUACAGGAGUUGAUUAGUCACAAGAAUAAGCUAGCUUUAAGCAACGAAGAGAUUCAAGACCGUGUGAAAGAGUAUGAGGAGCUUAACGGCAAGCUGCAGGACGAUCUCAAGGAUGCUACUCAGCAAUUGGCUGCUCGAGGAAACGAAAUCGCCAAGAGCAAGGUGGAGCUGCAGGUUCAUCGAAAGGAGAUUGAUAAACUGAACGAAGACAUCUGCCAACUGAGUACGCUAUGCAGUAGCAAUAACAAAAAUGCUGGAUUGACGAUAAAUCGGGAGGAUAUAAUCAGUGCAUUGAAAUUGUGGAACGAAAAUGACUCAAUCCCGGAGAAAGAUUUGAUUAACCACGUUGUACAGGCGUGCCAUGAGAUUCCCAAACUGAAAUCUCGACUAUACGAAACGGAACAACAGCUAGCGAGUUUAGCGAGCGGCGAGAAGGGUGGAGCUAGUCUAAUAAUGACCGCUGGAUGGCACCAGGCACUGAACGAAGCAAAGCGGCAGUACGAAGCGAUUGACCGGGCGCUAGAAACUCUCCAUAGCAUACAAUCGAUUGUCCAGGAAACGCCAGUCCUGAUGGAACUGCAGCGUGAUCUUGAGGAAACAAACUUCCAGGCAAUUCCGUUGGUAUCGCUUCCGACGCAUCUGGUUGCCAACAAUCACAAUUUCCAAAACGGGAACGGACUGAUGUCGAGUACGACCAGCAACGGUACUGCAGAUUGUAUCGAUCUUAACGCCAACCAGACUACGGGCAGUGCCAUUGCUAAUGGCGUCGCAGUUAAUGGGAACGGUUCCCCUGCAGCUGGCCUGCAGCUCAACCAACCUGACAUUAUCGACUCGACAGCAUGAACCUGCGCAGGUAAGUUUGUUCCGUAAGGUGUACGUCGUGCACACUGUCUGUGACGGUAGCUAGUAAGUGUCAGCUGUAGUGCUGAGGGAUGUUAAGCUUAAGAUUUAAAAGUAUUGUGAUCAGAACUUUAGUAGAACUAAUAAAUUAUUUCGAGUUUAAUAACCGUAGCUAACAUGAAUUCGAAUAUUGGAUGUAGAAAAAAAAAAACAAUAAACUUAUAGUUAAUAGAGUGAAGCAAACGAUUAGCUAAGUAGAAUUCUAAUGUUUUUCCUUGUUCACAUCCAAAGUGUACAUGUUCCAGGUUAGCAACAAAGCUGGACCGAUUUCACAAUUUACUUGACGAUUUUAUAUAUUUGAUACUCAUCAAUUACUGGUCCGCAUUUCUGCGCCGGUCGAUUACAGACGAUCGUCUCAAAUUUUUCUCGAUUUUGCACGUUAAUCAAUUGCUCUACCAUACCUUCAGGAAUCCGACAACCGCUCAAAUAUUAGAUAAUUGAGGCAUCCUUAUCAUUACCUCUUGAGGCAUAACAGUCUCAUGAUUGAUUCAUGGCACUGCUACGCUUUGAUCGGAGUAAAACAAGUUACAAAAUUAGGAGCGGUGUUUGGACUCUUCGCGGUAUUUUUGUCCCUCAGAAGUGCACGUUUGCAUGCAUCCUGCAAACUGAUAGGACCUUUUCUCGGCACUUGAGAAAAGUAUCUUCGCUAUCCAAUGACGCGCACACACACACACUCAAACAGGCAGAACAUAAAAAUGUAGUAAACGGCAGUUUUUAGACGCAGCUUUGAGCUGGUCGCUGGGUAAGAGCCUCUAUUCUGGACUUCUCUCAAUUUGCACAGACGGUCAAACUUUACGAAGACUAGAAGCUUUUUGCGCUUUUUCACAAUUGAGCUGCAAAGUCGAGAAAACGGUUUCAGUACGAUCGAAAAUGCAUCUUAGAAUACCCGGUAAACGUCCAUAUUUUGGCUGUCAUAUUUUGUAGGUGGUAAGCGGAUGGCCUUUCGCAUUGAGCUUAUUUAUGGCAACCAUUGAAUUAUUGAAAUAGCUGUUUCUUUUUCUCGUAUUUGAUGAUAUGUAUAAAUCCGCCCUUUCAUUCCUAUUUUUGUAACGUUUUUCUUACUUAUAAUAAAAGUGUAUAUUUUAAAAGGAAUUCCAAUAAUAAGCUGAUAGGUUUAGUUUUUUUUUAUCAUUAUUAAAAGCAAAAAUUAAACGUAGGUAAGCGAAUAACAGUUGUUCCGAGAUAAUGAGAGAAAUGUGUUGUUGUUGAAGUAUUGUGAGAUAAAUAUGCCAUUCGACAAAAUUUUAAAAACCGAAACUAAUCCUAUCAUAGAUCCAGUAAUUUAUUGAAAUCGAUAUUUGAUAUUGAAAGUAAACUACAUCUACUGUAAUUAUUCAAUAAAACAUCUCUAUGAGACGAAAAGUGUCUA